UUUCAGAUAAAGAAACCAAAAGAAACGUUUAGAACGAAUCAAAUCUAUCGCGAAAUGUCAUUUUUGUUCGAUUUUCAUUUGAAAAAGUGAACGAACCGACUAGUGUUGUUUUGUAACAAAUUAUCUUGAAAUUAAACCUUUCUUAUUUAUGUGAUGACUGCAAGAUAAGUUGCGUUGGAUUUGUCGAAGUUCCAUUUGUGAUUUUACAUGCUCAAUUAAAGCUUUGCUAGUGUAAUAACUGUGAUGUCGCCCGAUUUAGAAUAGCUGUGUGACAAUAACAAAAUUGAGAUGCUACCAAUUUUGAUGUACAAUAAUAUGGAAGGGAGUUCCAAUUUGAAUAACAGUCCCGGUUCGAGUUUCAGUGGUGUCUACGAUGAAAGCGUGAUUUUGAAUUGUGUUCGGAGUAGGAAGAAAGUCAGCGAAUUACCCAAUUGUCCUGUAUGUAGUUGUACGAUAAGACAGGGUGAAUUAGACAGUCACUUGGCUUUAGAAGUAGAGAGACUCAAUAAAUUGUCGAGUGGUUCUAAGAGAAAACUCAGUGUUAACUCCUCUCCUAACUUGGCACUGCCGGGCUCUAGUUCUGCCGGUUUCGAAGAUACCGAUGAUCAAGAAAUUGAUGUUUCAGGGUGCCCAGGAGGCGAUGUGUAUCAGCGAGUACACGCCAACCGUCUCCGCCGGCUCCGGCAACGGCGUCGGAGCACACCCCCGCCCCCGCAGGGCGAAUGUCCCGUAUGCAACACCACGAUACCUACAUCCCGUCUGCAACGACACGCUCUACGGUGCCUCAAGAGGACCGGAGCUGUGAUGGAUGAAGACGUGCCUGAUACAAGCUCCGAAGAAGGAAGCAUUGAUGUGGAGAAUGACGAGCCGUCAGGUGGUUUCGGGGCGGAAUAUCAGUGGUGCGGGGAGUGGAGAGUGCGCGCUACCGCCCUGCAGGGGGACCAGGCCAGGGUUGCCACAUGCGUGCGGCGCGCCUCACACGACCAAGCGUUGGUAGUUGACGGCGACGAAGACACAGAGUUAUACGGCCCCCCACAAUAUUCCCCCUCUAGAAUAGCCCCAGAUGCAUUUAUACCUGAACAUGAUACAUCUGAAGAGAUUGACGCGGAGGCAUUGUCGGAUUCUUCACAAGAACUCAAUGUUAGCACCGAAGGAAAAUCAAAACCCAACGGAUUGGUGGAAGCCAGCGCUGAGACAAGGAUACAAGCUUUGAAAGUGAAAAUCAAAGAAUUGGAGAGAAGACAGAACAGUGCGUCCGAAGCCAAAUGUCUUAUAUGCCUCAGUCCACAUUCAUCACCCACUGUCUCCAUACAAUGCUGGCACGUCUAUUGUGAGGUUUGUUGGCUCCAAUCACUGAAAGCUAAGAAAAUAUGCCCUCAGUGCAAUGCCAUCACAUCGGCUCAACAUUUGAGAAGAAUAUAUAUGUAACUUACAAUACAUAACACUUACAAACUAUGUUUCAUACAAAAUAGGGUAUUUGACAACGAUUUGAAAACGAUCUAAGGUUAUUUACUAGUGCGUAUGAACUCUAUAAAAAAAAGGCUAGAGAAAAUUUGACACGGCCGUCAGGGCCGCGGUAGCAUAAUGGUCAGUGCAUUCGCCCGGAUAGCGAGGGGUGCGGGUUCGAGUCCCGUCCGCUGUCUGGUCCGCGUGGAAUGUUUUCUAGUAAACUUUUCUUAAGAUCUAUAAGAAGUAGUUAUUUACCAUCCUUUUGAGUAUUUGAGUAAAGAAAUUAUGAAAAAUGUUACUUUCAGACAUGCUAUAAAUUCUUUCUUUCUCUCUGUAUGCCGCUGAAACGUUUCUCUGGGUAAUAUGGCGUGUUUACCUAUGUGUGACGUCACACGGCUGCCGUUCAAACGUCAAACGGUACAACUAAUGUCACUGGCCGGAAGUUUACCUAUGUGUGACGUCAUUUUAGGGCCCCCGCCGAUCUCGGGCGUUUUCUGUCACGUGAUAAUUUCGAUGGAAAAACUACCAAUUUCCUUUAUGUGGUUUUUUUUGUAAAAUUACCAAUAUUUUUCUGUUUAAAUUGUAUAUAUAUUUUAAUAUUUGUGUAUUCUAUUGAUAUAUAUAUAUUACUUACCUGGUUUAUUUAGCAUAUUUCCUUAUUGCACCCCCGUAUUUUUAUUUCUCACGCUUUUACUGGUCGACUGGUAGAGAAUGCCUUAUGGCAUUAUGUCCGCCAUUUGCUGUUUGUUUUGCUAUAAAGUAUAAAUAAAUAAAACCGCGGCCAAUGUUCAAUCUUAAUAAAGAUGCCAACAAUUGACACUUUAUUUUGAACUAGCUGCCGCCCGCGACUUCGUACGCGUGGAGUUAGUUAGAAAUAAAGGUUCACUGCUCGUUCCCCGUAGGUGAUAGCGUGAUAAUAUGUAGCCUAUAUGUUGACCCGACUUCUUAAUAAUAUUCGUGCCAAAUUUGAAGCAAAUCCAUGCACUACUUUUUGAAUUUAUCCCGGACAUUCAUACAGACAAACAGAC